AUGAGAACGCGACGCUCACUCCCCGAGCCCUUCCGCUUCCUCGACCUGCCUGCAGAACUUCGCAACUCCGUCUAUGAGUUCUUGACUGCCGAAUACGAGGGCUGCGUCCGGCGUUUCGCUCUAAGAAUUCAGUCAUCUUCGCUCGGUGCAAGUUCUACUCCUGCUCCAAUCUUUCCACUCGCACACGUGUGUCAAAAGUUGCGUAAAGAGUUCCUCUCACACCUCUUUGCCACGUUGGAAGUCGGUCUAGACUGGUUGGAUGUUGAGUACUUCUGUCACACGUGGAUGUCCACCCGCACGCCGAAGUCGAUCACCGUAUACAUCGACGAGACCAUCUGCAAUGAACCCUCUCUUUCGAAGCCAAGAUCCAAGGGUACUCCCUGGAACAAUUCAGAGAUCGCUGCUUACAGGGCGGGCGUUUUGCAAGGCAUGAUCCACGUGCCCCGAGUGCCCGGAGUGCUACAUCCAUCGCUCAAUGUCCUUCCGCUACUGAAGAUGCGACUCCGGCGUAAAGACUUCACCUGCCUGUUUACCCUGGACCCGAAGAUCGACUGGCACGCUGUGAAAGAGAAACAUAACAGCGAGGAUACCAUGACUGACGAGCGCGUCGCUACAGCCGUCGAGGACCUCGUGCAUUUCAUGGGCUUCGACAAUGACGCCUGGACACAGUGCAUGGGGAAAGAGCUAGAUGAGGUCUUGCUUCACUCAUGGGCGGUCUGGACAGAUCUACAAAUCGAGCUCGUAUUCAAGGAGCAACCAAGCGAAUUCAUGAUCCUGGGCAGCAAGACACGACGCUGUUAUUUGCCUGAUCUGCGGCGAGCGGGACUGCGAGAUUUCUACGCGACAACAGGCCUGACGUUCAACAUGAGCAUGGCGACUGCGUCUCCAAAGCCCGACUGGGAACAUGCUGGUCCAUGA